CCAUGGCCGAGGAUUGGUCUUCUUCUUCUUCUUCUUCCUCCCCAGUCUCCCCUAUUUUCUAUUACGCCCUAUAAUGAACCACAGUCUAAACCUCUUCUUCUCGGAAGAAGAUGGUGCCCUAUGCCAUUGACGCUCUGUAUUGCUCCGAGGAGAACUGGGAGGACGACAACGACGGCGAAACCCAAAGCGGUUCCACUAAUUUCAUCGCCGGACCCAAUUCUCCGAUUUUGGUGGAGGACAGUAGAUAUGUGUUUGAAGCCAAGACAAUAAAGAAAAUGGAGCUUCUUGUGCUCUCUACGCUUCAAUGGCGGAUGAAUCCUGUAACCCCACUUUCGUUUGUGGAUUAUAUCUCGAGGAGGCUCGGAUUCAAAGACCAUGUCUGCUGGGAAAUUCUUCGGCGGUGUGAACGAACCCUUCUCUCUGUCAUUUUAGAGUCAGAUUUCAUGUCCUUUCUUCCUUCUGUAAUGGCCACCGCCACAAUGCUGCACGUUUUCAAGGCUAUGGAGUCCCAGCUUGGCGUCGAAUAUAAUUCCCAGCUGCUAAUUAGCAUCCUCGGAAUCGAUAAGGGGAAUGUGGAGGAAUGCUGUAAGCUCAUCUCAGAUACAUCCAGAAGAAAUUGCAACCAACUUAAGAAGCGUAAAUUCGGGUCGGUUCCGGGCAGCCCGAACGGGGUCAUGGACGUGUCAUUCAGCUCCGAUAGCUCCAACGAAUCGUGGUCGGUGGCCUCGUCGGUUUCGUCCUCGCCGGAGCCUUUAACGAAGAAAAGCAGAGCAAAGGAUCAGUCUCUGGAGUCGGCGAGCCAUUCAAAUUUCCUCGACAUUCCUCGCUAGAUCCUCUCGAAUUCUCCUUCUUUUUGGUUUUUUUGUUUUUUAAUUUCCCCCCGGCAAUCCUUGUAUGUUGAAUAAGGAUCUCUAUAUUAUGUUAAAUUCUGCAAGUUAAAUUGCCUAACCAUCUCUGCAGUUUCUGCCCAGUCUUUGCUGCUGGUCAGAAUCAUUGUCCACUGAUUGUAGAGAUGGCUGGCAUUUUAUCCGGAUGCGAAGAACAUGAAUCUAUAACAAUGAAGAAGAAGAGUACUGCUAUUCCAUUA